AUGAUUUUAUCUCAUAGAUUCCCACUCACCAUACUCGAAGCUAGUCUUUUAGUCAAUCCUCUGUCCGUUGCACUACCUGUAUUUGGAGACACAAACUAUAGAAUAUACAAUGUCGUUUGUAGUCUCCCAUCAGAGACUAUUGUCAGUACUCUCAGUACUCCCACCAUUGCCAAUCUUACCUUUAGUCCAACUAUAUUGUCAUCGUUUACUUCAACACCAAUCGCAUUUAAAUUGACACUGUCACUAUCCAAACCAACCUAUGGUCUAUCACAACUCCACUUGCCAUCCAUCUACUUGACCAACAUUAGAGGACAAGUUUUAGAGGUACCUCUUAAUCUUGACGGCUCACCAACUGGAGAUCAAAUUGAAUGCUCGGGUAAUAUUACUGUCCCCUACAUGUAUGGAUUUGGAGGAGAAUUCUUGGCCGUUGGAGUCUAUGGUAUCAUUGAUAAUGCUUUGAACCCUCUUGGAUAUGAUACUGCCGAUUUAUUGGUUGCCCUUCCAAACAUUAUCAAUAAUGGUGUUAUUACAGCACCAAAAAUGGAUUGGACUCCAAAGAUACUCCAUAUCGUCGACAAGAUUACUCAAUCUGGAGGAAACUCAAUUACAGUAAAUGGAUGCAACUUUGGUUCAUUGGAUAAACCAUUACCAGUAGUUGGAUACUUUGACCUAAUGGAUGGAUCAACACCCAUUCAAGUUAAAAGCUUUGCCACCAAGCAAUUGGGUGUCGAAAAUCAAUACCAAAUUAUAUUUACCCAACCACAAUUAAAAUCAGAUAGACUCUCACUCUAUGUGUCGGAUGGACUUGGAUCGGUUAGCAUCUCGACAAACUCUAUUAUUCUCGUCUCAAAAGAUUUUAUCUAUCAAGAGUCUCUAUUCCCUUGUCCAAAGGAUUCCAACGACAAAAUAUGUGGUGGAAAUGGUGUUUGUACAAAGACUGGUUGUCAAUGUUCAACUGGUUAUACUGGAAGUGGUUGUACAAGUGUCAAAAUACCUCACGACUCUUUGAAAAUGGAAUUCAAUCAAGAUAAACCAUCUUUAAAUAUAGAGAUUUCAAUUGAUGGUGAUACAUUAAAAUCAUAUCCAUUAAAUGAUUGGGAUUAUGUUGGUGGUUUUAAUUCAAAUAGAUCAAGUACUCUAUACAAUUACACAACCGUUAUUCGCCAAGGAGACAACACAACAUCAACUAUCAAUGUGACCAUUGAACAUUUCAACACUACUAGUGAUGUAAUGAUUGACUUUGCAGAUGCCAACUUUACCGUUCAAGAUUCAACCAUCAAAUAUACUAUUAGUAUGUCCAACUAUAGCUUUUCAUCACGUCUCAAUACACUUCAACUCAUCAUGGACUCGGUCAUUACUAGAAACACUAGUUCCGACAGUUGUUCAUCAUCUGAAUCUGGAUCAUUCAAUGGCGCAGAAAAUGAUGUUGCUUGGAUCCAACUCCGAGUUGAUAGCGUGUCACUCUAUGUCCAAUGCAUAAAGAAUGCAGAGGCAGACGAUCGUACAAUCUAUGUAACCAACAAGAUAUUAGAAGAAUCUAUCCUAUUGAAUGGAUACAUCUUUAUUUAUCCCAUGCCCCCACCACUCGCAUUUGCCAGAGAUUAUUUUCCCUCUAGACUUUAG